CCGGAAGCAGGAAGUGUUUUCAUGUUGUGAGUUGUCUGCUUUCAUCUGCAGGUUGUGGGUUCGGUUACCUGGACCAAAUGGCGAGCUCCUCCGGUCCGGGUCGGACCGGACCGGGUCUCUGGUCCUCGGCGCUGGUCCUGGUGCUGCUGACAGGGCGGUUCGGUCCGGUUCGGGGCGUGUCCGAACCGGGGAAAUGGCUUUUGGACAUCGACAGCGAGACCCUGAAGAAACAGCCGUACUUCCUCUUCACUAAAACACUCUUCAAUAACACCUCAAUCCUCCUCAAAUUUAUUCCAGUCAGCUGCACAGAAUCAUCUGGGGUUCUACUGAACGUGUCCUGGUACCUGAGGAACUCCCACUGCUACAACGAAGUCUUCAAUCUGAACGCCAAAAGCAUGGAGAACCUUCAAAAAUACUUUAAAUCAACAAAAGAGGAAAUGGAAGGAGGAAGUGGAUUCUACGUCUCACAUCAGUACCAACCCAUCAGCUGUCAAUCACAGCUGAUCCACAUGGACAGUUUCACCCCACCGACUCGACUGACGAAGUAUCAACAGGUGACAGAAUCCAAACCUUCAACCCGGAGGAAGCGUGAUACGGUGUUGUCCAGGUGCCGCCCACUCACUUCGAUGCUGUGGCUCAGAGCUGGGAGGACGGACCCUACAUGUUCAUCGUCCAUAUCACCGACGUCAAUGAAAACCGAGCCCCCAAACCCCCCAACCCCCCCCAACCCCCCCAACCAGGCCAACCCCCCCAAGCCGGCCAACACCCCCAGCCCCGCCUGGAAACUGCAAAUGGAGAUCAGCAUGAAAGGACUUCAUCAUGACUAUAUAUCAGCCUCGAAUUGGCCUCUGAUGAUGUUCUACAUGGUCAUGUGCAUCGUCUACGUGCUGAUGGCCGUGCUCUGGUUGGUUCUGUCCGCCUGUUACUGGAGGGAUCUGCUUCGGAUCCAGUUCUGGAUCGGAGGCGUCAUUUUCCUGGGGAUGGUGGAGAAGGCCAUGUACUACGCCGAGUUCCAGAACAUCCGCUACCACGGACACUCAGUCCCAGGGGCGGUGGUCUCUGCUGAGGUGGUCUCUGCAGUUAAGAGGACCUUGGCCCGAGUGUUGGUGAUCAUCGCCAGCCUUGGAUACGGCAUCGUUAAGCCCAGACUGGGGGCGCUGCUCCACAGGGUGGUGGGUGUCGGUCUGCUCUAUCUGAUCUUCUCCCUCAUCGAAGGACUCCUGCGCAUCAGUUCAGCUGAAGAUGACGUGGUCCUCCUGGCUGCUAUCCCUCUGGCUGUGCUUGACUCCACCCUCUGCUGGUGGAUGUUUGUGAGUUUGGCUCAGACCAUGAAGCUGCUGAGGCUGAGGAGGAACGUGGUGAAGCUGUCCCUCUACAGACACUUCACCAACACGCUCAUAUUCGCCGUCAUAGCAUCUGUCAUCUUCAUCUUAUGGAGGACCAAGACCUUCCAGUUUUCCACCUGUCACUCUGACUGGAGGGAGCAGUGGAUAGAGAGCGCAUUCUGGGGUUUCCUGUUUUCCAUCAUCCUGUUGGUCAUCAUGUUCCUAUGGCGACCGUCAGCCAAUAACCAGAGGUAUGCGUUCAGCCCCCUGGUGGACGAAGAGAGUGAAGAAGAGGAGAAAGAACCCAUGAUGAACGAGGCCUUCGAGGGGAUGAAGAUGAGGGGCAUGAAGAACGACACCAACGGAACGGCCAAAGCCAACAAAGUGGAUGAGGAUCUGAAGUGGGUGGAAGAGAACAUCCCAUCAUCCAUGGCAGAGGUGGCUCUUCCUCCUCUUCUGGACUCAGAUGAGGAAAUCAUGACGACAAAGUUUGAAAUGUCCAAGAUGGAGUAAUGUCCAGAAGAAGAGGACGGAGGGAUGGAGAUGGACGGAGGGAUGGACAGACAGAGGAAGGGACAGAUGGACAGAGGCUGGUUUAACUCAGAUGAAUAAAUACAGCUGAGAAUGAAUGAGUGAAAGAGGGAUGAAGGACGUCCAAGAGGAGGACACACUGAUGGACGGAUGGACAGUGGAGACAGUGGAUGGAUGGACAGUGGACAAUGGAAAAAUGGACAGGUGGACAGUGGACAGAUGGAUAGUGGAGAUGGUGGACAGAUGGACAGUGGACAGACGGACAGUAAACAGAUGGACAGUGGACAGAUGGACAGUAAACAGAUGGACAGUGGACAAUGGACGGAUGGACAGUGGACAGUGGACAGAUGGACAAUGGACAGAUGGACAGUGGACAGACGGACAGUAAACAGAUGGACAGAUGGACAGUGGACAAUGGACGGAUGGACAGUGGACAAUGGACAGUGGACAGAUGGACAAUGGACAGAUGGACAGUGGACAGACGGACAGUAAACAGAUGGACAGUGGACAGACGGACAGUAAACAGAUGAACAGUGGACAGAUGGACAGUAAACACAUGGACAGUGGACAAUGGACAGUGGACAGAUGGACAGUGGACAAUGGACAGUAAACAGAUGGACAGUGGACAGAUGGACAGUAAACAGAUGGACAGUGGACAGAUGGACAAUGGACAGAUGGACAGUGGACAGAUGGACAGUGGACAAUGGACAGUAAACAGAUGGACAGUGGACAGAUGGACAGUGGACAAUGGACAGUGGACAGAUGGACAGUAAACAGAUGGACAAUGGACAGUGGACAAUGGACAGAUGGACAGUGGACAGUGGAGUGUCUGUAGAUCUGUGCUUCUUUCUUCUUCUGCCCUGGGACUCGAUCAUCAGCAGAACCUUUUAUUUGUACGAUCUGAUUCUAUUUAUAACUGUAUGUUCCAUACGUUCUAUAUGUUCUAUGUUCCGUAUGUUCUAUGUUUACGGGCUUCCUGCUCCAGAGGCGUGUUUGCGUUUUCACUGUUAAAUGUGAUAGUUUGUUUGCCUCCUGCUUUCUCUGCUGUUGGUGUGGUUUUUCUAAAACUCAGUCCAUGUCGUUUCAUGUGGAUUCUUUCAACCUGCUGGAAAAAUCCUAAAGGAACAAAAGUGGAUUAAAAACAGUGUUUUUCCAAAG